AUGCCGCUGCACACCAAAGAAGGUGCGCUCCAGUUCUUGGACUACUAUCUGAAGGCGAGUCAGAAUGGCUGGAACAUGACCCCCCGGGUACGUGUGGCCAUCACCGACACGGGGGGCUCCAAUCGCCGAGCCAAACUCAAUGAAUGGCCCAUUGAACAGACAGAACACGUUAAGGUCUACCUCGACGCGGACCGGCACACCCUUUCACGCAACGGCAGUUCAUGCCAGGCCAAGACAACCUACCGUGGCAGCACCGGCAAGACCACGUUCGUCACCACCUUUGCCGAAGAUACGCAACUGCUCGGGUACUUCUCAGGGCAUAUAUUCAUGGAAGCCGACGGCGCCGACGACAUGGACCUGUUCUUGACCCUCGAAAAGCUUGACCGAGACGGAAAUCUCCUGACGCCUCUGCUAGCGUGCACCGUCGAUCUCGAAAGCCAGUGCAUCUCCGCAGCUGGGUCGACUCGGGGCACCCAGGCUUGUCUUCGAGUAUCCCUUCGCGUCGUCGGCCGCCAGGAGUCGACAAGCUUCUUCCCAGUCCAGACCUAUGGGUCUCCGCAGAAACUGGCCGCGGGCCAGAUGGUUCCUAUUGAUGGGGCCUUUAUUCCUAGCGCGUAUUACUUUCACGCCGGACAGAAGUUGCGCUUGGUAAUCUCGGGUCAGUCCGACAGCGGGGUCUCUGCCAUUAAUAUGGAUCCCACAUAG